AUGAACACUUACAUAAAACUUUUAAAUUAUUUUCUAAGUGUAAAUCCAAAACUAGAGAUGAGUCCAGUAAACAGAGGCCCGGUAUGCGAAGCAACGGACUUACAUCCAGGCGUCACCAUCACUGAUAUGGACACUGUGCAUGAAGAAAAUGACGACAGUGAUGACUCUUACUCGGAUUUGGGUCAACUCCGGGAGAGGACGAGAGCCAUGCUGGGAACCCCAGCAGAUCCGCUCUUACAGCAAUCGCACUCUCAGCCGAACAGCCGAAGAAUGUCCUCCGAUACCGAAGCUAAACUCGCUGCAAAUUUGAAUACAAGACGACCAUCAGCAAUAAUUGCAGCAUUUCGUCGACCAUCGCAAGCGUUGGCGCUGUGCGCAGCCACGCAGCGAAGGUUCCUCUCAGAGUUGGUCCAUCACUCACGGACCUCAGUUGCAUCCACAUCCCACGAUACUCCACCCUCAACCGCAGAAAUAUUAGGACAUGAAGCCUUAAGUAAGGCGCUAUCUGCUCUUUACUGCAAGUUACUGGUUGUGUUGGGGCUGGCAUUUCCUAUCACUGAAGUUAUUGCUGGUGGUGUACCCGACGGUUAUUACCAGGGAUUCUAUUUGUACCUAUAUUUAGUGUCACUUAUCUUCGUGGUCUUUCAAUAUGUAAAUAUAAUGCGUCAAAAGGCCGUGAACGUAAUCAUUCAAGACUAUGAGGGCACACUUAAAGUUGAUAAGAAUGGCAAAAGUACACCAAAUAACAAACAAAAGAUGGAACAAAGUGUUUCGCGCUACGGAAGUUUUUACUUAAGAUUGGGUGGAAUCGCAUUUGGUAUCGGUUCAAUGGUGUAUAGUGGUUUAGAACUAGGCGAAUACUUCGAAAUGACAAACAAAUGUCGCAACGUUGUAUCUGUAAUAACACCUGCUUUAAGAAUGUCCCUCACAUUAGUACAAAUGCAGUUCAUGUUCCUCACUAACAAAGACAUAGAAUCUGGCAGUUUUAAACUGUUACAACGUUUUGGUUUUAUGCACAUGGUAGCUACUAAUUUGUGCGAAUGGCUGUAUGUGUUAGUAGAGGAGACGAAACACGAGAUACAUCAUCUCGAACAUAAUAUAUUGGGGACAGGAAACAGUACUCUGCACGAGGCUGAGGGCAUUCCAUGCAGACGAGCCAAUAUUAUGGGUGCAUUACUACAAAAUGCUGCUCCUUUCCUGUUUCCGUGUACGAUAGAAUACUCUCUGAUAUGUGCCGUCAUCUUUUUUGAAAUGUGGAAAGAGGUGAAAUGCACUCCAGAAGAUUUUGAUAAGAAGUUCAACAUUAAAAAUAAAUCACGCAGCAAUUCUGUAACUCCUGAGAAAAUUCUCCAACAAUUUGCUGGUUUACUUGGAGUAAGUUCUCGUCAAGGCAGUACUGUGGCGCUGCACCAUUUCUCAGUAGAUUGCUCGCACGCUCACAGAGGUCUAUUCGCUGGUAUCCUGGUCAUCGUCUUCACCAUCAUAUCCCUUAUAAUGUUUUUCGUUUUGGCCAACAAUCCAUCCACGAUGCCUGAUGCCAUAUUUGAAGUUAACGUUUGUGAACUAAUUCUAUAUUCGGUGUCUAUAGUGGCUUCAAUAACAGCUUUGAUACAAAUGAGGUCAUUGACUUAUAAAAGGAAGUCUCAAAGUAUUUUGGGUCUGGAUCCGUUCCUGCUAGUAUUGGCCCAAUCAGGAAUGUUCGUAUAUUGCAUGUUUAGUAUGAUAGGAAGUCAUCACACACAACACUUUAAAAACAGCGGUGGCUUGACUUUAUUCUUCUCUGAAUUUUUAUCUCUUAAUCAGACUAUUAUCCAAACUCUGUUUAUAGUGGAUGCGUGGUGGCGUCGCAGUGGUACUUCAGAACAGAGAAGAAAUAAACCAGGUCGACAAUUAGUUACCUUCCUUCUGGUUGCUAAUAUGGCGAUGUGGGCAAUCAAUACACUUGAAAAGAACCGUGCCGAAUUCCGACCCGAACAUCUGGCGUUCUAUGGGCCCUGGGCAUGGACUAUCAUCACCCACGUGUCAAUGCCACUAGCCAUCUUCUACAGAUUUCAUUCUACAAUCUGUCUGUUCGAAAUUUGGAAGAAUUGUUUUAAGAAUAAACCGCUUUAUCUUAAUAUUUAA